AUGCUGCCGAAGAGCAUUUGGGCACACCUGCUUUGGGUGCUCCUGCUGGUGGCCCGAGAAACAGAAGCCAGGAGCUCGCCUAAGGGCACACUCAAGCUCAGCAUUCAAGAAAACACGCCCAAGGGCAGCGAAAUUGAGCAAUUACGGAAUUCAGUGGACAAUAGUGUUCCACGAGAAGCGCCGCUAGAAUUCCGCAUUGUUCGGCAAGACCGCCAAAAUGGACUGGACCUCUUUGAAAUCUCCGGAAGCAGCGGAAAGUUGAUUUUAAAACAGAGCCCGGACAGGGAAAGACUCUGCAAUCGACGAAAACAGUGUGUCUUGAAUCUCGAGGUGCUUGUCCUUCCCGAGCAAUACUACCAAUACCUAAAUAUCGAAGUUGAAGUCAAUGAUGUCAACGACAAUGUGCCCAAAUUUCCCCAAGGCGAUUUGGUAUUCGAUUUUGAAGAAAACUCCCGGAGCCCGAUUUCGCUCGAUUCAUUCAUGGCCUUCGACGUUGAUUUAGGAGAAAACGCAGAAAUCGUCUACACUUUGAGCCCGAACGACUACUUUCGGUUGGAGCAUUACAGUGACCAGUCAGGAGGACACCUGGAGCUCGUCCCCAGCGCUGACAUCGACCGGGAAAAGGUUAAGACUGUCCAGCUCGAGCUCAUCGCGCAGAAUCCCAAAGGAAAUGACUCUAACAGGAUCAAGAUCACCGUCCAGAUCAGCGAUCAGAAUGAGCACAAACCCGAGUUUCUCCAAAAGGAAUACGUUUUCGAUCUUGACGAACUUGUCCCGCCAGGAACAAUCGUCGGAAAAGUCGGAAUCGUUGAUGGAGAUGGACUGGAAUCAGUGACGAUUAGCAUUCGAGACCAAUCAGCGAAAGAAUUCUUUACCAUUCGAAAUAAUGGAGAGCUUGUGACGAACAAAAAACUCGACUUCGAAAGCCUCAAUACGUUUGACUUUUGGCUCGUUGCGUCCGAUGGAACGUACUCGACCAGUGGCCACGUGAUCGUCAACUUAAAGGAUUUGAACGAUAAUGCGCCUUCUAUCUCCGUUAUUUUCAUCGCGCCGGACACUGAUGCGCCAAAUACAGGCAGAAUCGAAGAGGAACAACCCGAAGGCACCUUAGUCGCGUACAUCAACGCCCAGGACGCGGACCAUGGGAACAACGGCAAAGUCCACCUUCGUCUUCUCGACAGCUCGAGAUCCUUUAACCUCGACGGGGAUGGGAAACUCACAACAACUAGAAAGCUCGACAGGGAAAUCCAAAGCACCUUCAAGAUGACCAUCGAGGCGUGCGAUCAAGGAGCCGACGCGAGGUGUGCUUCCGAAACCAUUCACGUAAAGCUCGAUGAUAUUAACGACAAUGCACCGCAGUGUCCCGCAAGUGUGCCACGUGUUCUCGUCUCCGAAUCGGCGGAUAUCGGAACUUUCAUCGCGACCGCUCCAAUUAGCGAUAAGGACUCGGCGGAGCUCUUUGGGCGAUUGUCAUUUGGCCUCGAACCGGAAGGAAAGUUCGCCAUUGAAAGUGACACCGGGGUCAUUUCCCUUGCGCAGCAGUUGGAUUACGAGAACAAGGCCGAGUGGCAGUUGGUCAUCGUCGCCACUGACGGAGGCGACAAGGUUACCCGAUGCAAGUUUAUCGUUCUAGUCGAAGAUGCGAACGAAGCUGCGCCGGUUUUCCAACACCCCACGAGCGACGAUUUGGAGCUUUUGAUCAACGACAAGGAAAUGGAAAACGCGGAGAUCUUCUCCGUCAACGCCAUCGACCCGGAUUAUAACCCUCUCGCGUCCCAGGGGCCAAAAAUGACCUACAAAAUCGACGGAGCUCAGGAACUACUGAAAAUCGACGAGAUUUCUGGACAAGUUACACUCAACAAAUCCAUUGCUGGUCUUCAGGAAGAUCAGAAAACUUUCCGCAUCAUUGUCACGGCGAGCGAUUCCGGCCUCCCUCGGCUGUCAUCGUCCAUCCAGAUCCAAGUCUCCAUCCGCCCAGGCGUCGAAACUGGUCUCCUCAUCGACAAGAGCCUGCUCAAGGGUGGGGCUACGAUUGCGCUGAUCGCCAUUCUCGUCUCGACGAUUUUCAUCUUUGUCCUGGUCUUUUUGGCUGUCGUCUUUGUCUGCAGACAUAAAAAGCUCUCGAGCGAGUACACGCAAGGCUCAGUAAUUAUGUCGUGUAAUGGCAAUGGCGGCUCCGACGGAUCGAAACAUGGUUCUGACGGAUCCCAGCGGCUUCACGAUGAUGUCUCGAUCCUCUACGACUCCAUUCUUACCCCAAGAUCGUCGAUUGUCCCUGCUCAACUUCACUCGAUCAACCCAAACGCCACGUCAAAGAAUAUAAUUUGCUCCAAGCAUCGAAACUCCAACAACAUCCCUGGCUACACCGACAGCGAUUCAGACCAUGCUGAUUCCGGUCGAGGCGAUUCCGACCAAGAAUUUGGCCAGAAAAACAAGCUCGGUCCCAAAUGCUCUCGACAAUGUCUCAAAUUCGGCCACUCCGACGCCUGCUGGAUCGACAUGGACAAUCUCAACAACGAAAUCAACAUUUCUUCAAUCUCCCUCGUCUACGACAAUCGCGGAAACGGAGUUCUCACCACUCCCGGUCGCUUUCUAGAGGCAAACUCUUCCGGCUACAUUUCUGAAGAGUCUUCCCGCGACAAACACCUCCGGCGAGUGCUUCAAUCGACGCCCAAGAAGUCGCCAAAAAACACGCCUUCCAUGUCUUCCGGCAGCGACUCCUUGGUCAUUUCGACCAAAGAUGGCUGCGUUAUCAACGUCCAAGGCACUUCUAGAGCCAACGACAGUCUCACUGUAAAAGAAUGCCCAACACCAACGAAGAUUAAUAUCGUGUAA